AUGUGGUGGAUGCUGUUUCCACGGUGGAUCUGGUUCCUGGUGUGUGCGUCAGCGUGGAUGGAGCACCAGGUCGGAGUUUUGCCUCAUAUCACCUAUUCACACCCGGGGAUCUGCCCCAAUGACAUGAACCCCAACCUGUGGGUGGAUGCCAUGAGCACCUGUACACGAGAGUGUGAAUCUGAUCAGGAGUGUGAGUCCUUCGAGAAGUGUUGCCAGAAUGUGUGUGGGAACCGCAGUUGUGUGGCAGCACGUUACCUGGACGGGAAGAAAGGCCCAAUGGGAAUGCCCAAAGAAGCCACCUGCACCAGUUUUAUGUGCACCCAACAGGGGUCUGAGUGCGACAUCUGGGAUGGCCAGCCGGUGUGUAAGUGCCGGGACCGCUGCGAGAGGGAGCCGCACUUCACCUGCGCGUCUGACGGUAUGACCUACUACAACAAGUGCUACAUGGAUGCAGAAGCCUGCUCCAAGGGCAUCACGCUGGCUGUUGUCACCUGCCGCUUCCACCUCACCUGGCCCAACACCAGCCCCUCGCUGCCCCAAGCCACCACCCUCCGCCCCACCACCCCUCCUCUCCAGGCCACUAUCCCACCUCCCACCGAGCCUCAGACACCCGUCCUGGUCAGUAGCCCCACUCACCAGACUGUGAGUGCAGGCGACACAGCCAGCUUCCUGUGUGAUGUCAUGGGUCGCCCCCGGCCUGAGAUCACCUGGGAGAAGCAGCUCCCAGAGGGGGUGGAGAGGGUCACCAUGAGGCCUAAUCAUGUGAGAGGGAAUAUGGUGGUCACAAACAUCGGUCAGCUGGUCAUCUACAACGCCCAGCCGCAGGAUUCAGGCGUCUACACCUGCACAGCUCAGAACCCAUCUGGUUCUGUGCAGGCCAAACACCCACUCAGUGUGCUGCCCACAGAGCCACCCAAGACUCCAGAGCCCAAGAACGUGAGCCGCUGCCAGCCAGACGAGUGUCAGAAACCACCUGAUACCACAGAGGAUUGUGGGAGCGAGAUGGAGAAAGUCAGCUGGUACUACGAACCCAAAACCAACAACUGCUUCUCCUUCACCCACUGCCACAUGAACAGCAGCCAGCAGCCCAGGAAAGUGUUUGAGACAUAUGAGGACUGCAUGCAGUGCUGCGGUCCCGAGCUUUCAGGCCCCUGCGGGCUCCCCAGCCUGCAGGGCCCCUGUAAGGCGUACGAGCCACGGUGGGCCUACAGCAGCACCCUGCGCCAGUGUCAGUCUUUCAUCUAUGGCGGCUGUGAAGGCAACGACAACAACUUUGAAUCUAAAGAAGCCUGCGAGGAGAUGUGCCCCUACCCAAAGAACCACCACUGCAAGGCCUGUAAGCCCAGGGGCAAGAUGGUGACGAGCUUCUGCCGGAGCGACUUCGUCGUCCUUGGCCGCAUGACGGAGCUCACAGAGGAGAAGGACUCGGGCCACGCCCUUGUGACUGUGGAAGAGAUCCUAAAGGACGAGAAGAUGGGGCUCCGCUUCUUUGGCAAGGAGCCUCUGGAGGUUACCUUCCUCAACAUGGACUGGAACUGCCCGUGCCCAAAUAUCACAGGAGCCGCCGCUGAGGGACAGGUCAUCAUCAUGGGCAACGUGAACGACGGCAUGGCCGUCCUCCAGCCCGAGAGCUACGUGGGCUCUUCCAGCCCUCGCCGCGUACGGAAGCUGAGAGAGGUCAUCUCCAAGAACACGUGUGACAUUCUCAAAGCAAUCACCAACAGCCCUCAGAGGGGUUAGGGUUAGGGAUAUAAAAUGUACAUAAAGUUUAGACUCCACUGCAACAGCCUGUUCUCUUCUGAACAUUCACUGCAGUAAUGUUUUACAUUUUUAGGACCAUUCUCGGUGCAUUUAAUGGAUUUCUUUCUGUUUUUGAAAGUUUUCAGGAAUUCCUGAUGAGGAACCCUGUCACAUGCAGCCCAGUCGCCAGCAAAAAAUGUUGGCAUUUAAAUUCCCAGGGAAACAGAGAAAGGA